CGGGACCCGGCCGACGUGGCCCCCAGCCGCAAGUUCAGCGCCGCCUGCAACUUCGGCCACAUGCUGGUGAACCAGGAGCGGCUCAACAUCAACGCGGCCACCGAGGAGGAGCUGAUGACGCUGCCCGGCGUCACCCGCGCCGUGGCGCGCAGCAUCGUCGAGUACCGCCGCUGCAUCGGCGGCUUCAAGAAGGUGGAGGACCUGGCGCUGGUGAGCGGCGUGGGCGCCGCCAAGCUGGAGCAGGUCAAGUGCGAGAUCUGCGUGAGCAGCAAGGCCAGCUCGGCCCAGCACUCGCCCAGCUCCCUGCGGCGCGACCCGCACCCGGAGCCCGGCCGCCUCAACGUCAACGCCGCCUCGGCCGCCCAGCUGCGCGGCCUGCGCGGCGUGUCCGAGCGCCUGGCGCAGGCCAUCGUGGAGCGGCGGCAGGAGCGCGGGCCCUUCCGCAGCGUCGAGGACCUGCUGCGCCUCGACGGCGUCAGCCCGGCCUUCCUGGACAAGCUGCGGCCGCAGCUCUUCGUGCCGGGCGCCCAGCGCUCCCGGCCGCCCUCCACGCACACCAACGGGGGCCUGACGUUCAGCGCGCGGCCGCACCCGAGCCCCACGUCGCUCAGCCUGCACAGCGAGGACCUGGACUUCCCCCCGGGCGGCCCCCCCCAGCUGCUCUCCUCGCGGCCCCCCGUCGAGGCCUUCGGCGGCACCCGCCACGGCCGGCCCGUGCUGCGCCUGGCCACGUGGAACCUGCACGGCUGCUCCUCGGACAAGGCCAACAACCCGGGCGUGCGCGAGGUGGUGUGCAUGACGCUGCUGGAGAACAGCAUCAAGCUUUUGGCUGUGCAGGAACUGCUGGACAGAGAAGCCCUGGAAAAGUUCUGUUCGGAGCUCAACCAGCCCAGCCUGCCCAGCCUGCGCAAGUGGAAGGGCCCCCGGGGGUCCUGGAGAGGCGUCGUCUCCGGGAAGCCCUCCGGCCAGCGCCUGCAGGGCUCGGCUCACCUGGGCUUCCUGUGGGACGCCGCGGCCGGGGUGGAGCUGCAGGACGCCGGGUUCCCGGAGGGCUCUCAGGCCAACAGCAACGGGAAGCUCUCGAACCCCAGGCCGUACCUGGCACACUUUAAGGUUGGGGCCAACGAGCUCGUGCUGGUGAACCUGUGCCUGGCAGCCCCGGCCUCCCCCGCGGGCGGAGAGACCCCCGGCAAGACCUCCGGCAGCAGCCCCAGAGUGUUGCCCUUCGCCCAGACCCUGCAGGACACACUCAAAGGAGACAGAGACACGGUGAUCCUGGGAGACUUCGGCCAGGGCCCGGAGGGCAGCGACGGCGACGUCCUGAGGAAGGAGCGCUUCCAGCCGCUGGUGCCCGGCAGCACCUUCACGGACAUCAGCACCCGCAACCCUCAGGGCUCCAAGUCCCUGGACAACAUCUGGAUCAGCAGAGGCCUCAGGAAGGUGUUCACAGGCCACUGGGCAGUGGUGAGAGAAGGCCUCACCAACCCCUGGAUCCCGGACAACUGGUCCUGGGGCGGGGUGGCGUCCAGCCACUGCCCGGUGCUGGCCGAACUGUACACGGACAAGGACUGGAGCAGGAAGGACGGCGGCCCCCGCAGCGACAGCAGAGCGUCCCUGGAGCAGGGCGAGCCCCCCGGCAAGCACGAGCGGUGACGGCGCCGGGACGGCCAGCCUCGGACCCCCCGGGCCUCCCCCGGCCUCCGGGCAUGCUCGGGGUCUCGUCCCCACGCCCGGAGCUGGGGUGGUUACGAGGGACGCAGCGGCUGCCCCCUGCCACUGGCCGCUCCAGUCCUAGCGCAGCUGGACCCAUGGAGGCCCGGAAGAUGCCCCUCACGGCCCCCCGGGGACAUU